CCGCCUCCACUCUAGCGCCCGCCCGCCGGCCGCCCUGGGACGCCGGCGCUCAAUAAAGCGUUCCUCCAAAGCGUGUCUGUGCACUUGUCUGUACCGCGGUCGCUUGUAACCGCUCUCACGUUAAAAAAACAACAACCAAAAAAAAAAAAACCUUUGAUUUCUCUUUUUCUGACUUCAGCGAAAAUCCUGCUCCGGGUGCCUUUAGCCCAGUUUCAUUCAUCCAAGUUGUGGCCUUUCUUGCGCCUUCAGAAGACACUUUUCUCCCCACUGCUUUUGAUUGAUCUUGAGGUAGGGGAUUUCAGGUUUGGAGGGAUGAUAAGCGAACCAGCAGCCCGUUCACGUCAGGUGAUGGCGUGGCCAAGGACAGGGGCCCGCGGCCCGGAGGCAGCUCUUCGUCCUCAGUUCUGGGUCAGGUGCUUCUCAAGUCGUCGCUGAAAUCCCCAUCCUCCUGUGAGUUCGGUAACGUAGAGUGUGAUGUCUGCUUCUCCCUCUCUGCCCCCACCCGCAGGUAUAAUAAACGAAAAUCGUUGUACUACGUGUGAACUUCGGAAGCUUAGCUUCCUACAGCGAUAGAGGUGUGGAUACAUUUUUAUAUUUGAUUCAGGCUUUGGGUCAAUUGUGAAGCGUACCUGUUACCUAGUUUGGUUGAACUUAAGCCAGGCAUUAUGGUCCAGGCUCUUUUGAUGAAAACGAACAGUCAGGGAGCAUAGGAGAUUGUCAGAAAGUGUGCUUUGCACUCUGUCAACUGGCAAAGACACCAGGGCCUCUUGACCAGGGCUAGACAGUCUGGCCGGGCAUGCCAUUCAUUGUGUCCCCAAGCUUGUUCCUGAAUUUGGGAGAAGUUAGGAUUGUAUUGUUUAGCCUCUUGAGUAUCCCCUUUGGUUCUCCUCCCUCCUUAACCAGUGUAUACAGCUUAAAAGGAUAGGAACAAUAGAAAAGAAAACAGCAAAUUAUUGAAAAGGAAACAUUUUUAAUUAAGUGGAAAUUGUCUAAGCCCUCCCUUUAACCUAUGCUUUUAAGAGAUGUAGAACCUGGGAAAUGUGGUUACUGAAGUUUUUUUUUGUUUACCUUGUCUUAGGAAGGUAGCAGGUGAUCACUGAAGAGGCAACAGGCAUAAUGUUGCGUGUUCCAUAAACCUUUGAUGGUUGGUACAGUAGGCUUCACUAGACUUAGCUGCAACUCAGAAUUUCUCCUCCAGCACCUGAGUAAAUGCUGAUGGUCUUGUGGAGAGUGGAUUAAGAGUACGAGCUAAGUUCUCAGUCCCAGUUAAGAAGCGGAAAAUUUAAACUGUCUCCUUCAAAGUUUAUCACAACCACCACCAUCAAGACAGCAAACCAAAGGACAAAGACUUUGACCUGCUUUGUUGCUCUGUGUAGUCCGGUUCACGUAUGGUUUACAGACUUGGCUGGGGUUACUAAAAAGUAAAUAAAAAGUCGGACACUUCUGUUACUGGACGCUUUUAUUCACAAGUUACCAGAAUGAGGGCUGUACUGGAGACAGCAGACAUUGCCAUAGUGGCCCUGUAUUUUAUCCUGGUCAUGUGCAUUGGUUUUUUUGCCAUGUGGAAAUCUAAUAGAAGCACUGUGAGCGGAUACUUCCUGGCGGGGCGCUCUAUGACCUGGGUGGCAAUUGGUGCCUCUCUGUUUGUGAGCAAUAUUGGGAGUGAGCACUUCAUUGGGCUGGCAGGAUCUGGAGCUGCAAGUGGAUUUGCAGUGGGCGCAUGGGAAUUCAAUGCCUUACUGCUUUUGCAACUUCUGGGAUGGGUUUUCAUCCCGAUUUACAUCCGGUCAGGGGUAUACACGAUGCCUGAAUACUUGUCCAAGCGAUUUGGUGGCCAUAGGAUUCAGGUCUAUUUUGCAGCCUUGUCUCUGAUUCUCUAUAUCUUCACCAAGCUCUCAGUGGAUCUGUAUUCGGGUGCCCUCUUUAUCCAGGAGUCUUUGGGUUGGAAUCUUUAUGUGUCGGUCAUCCUGCUCAUUGGCAUGACGGCUUUGCUGACUGUCACCGGAGGCCUUGUUGCAGUGAUCUACACAGACACUCUACAGGCUCUGCUCAUGAUCGUUGGGGCACUUACACUUAUGGUUAUUAGCAUGAUGGAGAUUGGUGGGUUUGAGGAAGUUAAGAGAAGGUACAUGUUGGCCUCACCAAAUGUUACUUCCAUCUUAUUGACAUACAACCUUUCCAACACAAAUUCUUGUAAUGUCCACCCUAAGAAAGAAGCCCUGAAAAUGCUGCGGGAUCCAACAGAUGAAGAUGUUCCUUGGCCUGGAUUCAUUCUUGGGCAGACUCCAGCCUCAGUAUGGUACUGGUGUGCUGACCAAGUCAUCGUGCAGAGGGUCCUAGCGGCCAAAAACAUUGCUCAUGCCAAAGGCUCUACUCUUAUGGCUGGCUUCUUGAAGCUUCUGCCAAUGUUUAUCAUAGUUGUCCCAGGAAUGAUUUCCAGGAUACUGUUUGCUGAUGAUAUAGCUUGCAUCAACCCAGAGCACUGCAUGCAAGUGUGUGGAAGCAGAGCUGGGUGCUCCAAUAUUGCUUACCCACGCCUGGUGAUGAAGCUGGUUCCAGUCGGCCUUCGGGGCUUAAUGAUGGCAGUGAUGAUUGCAGCUCUGAUGAGUGACUUGGACUCUAUCUUUAACAGUGCCAGUACCAUAUUCACCCUUGAUGUGUAUAAACUCAUCCGCAAGAGUGCAAGCUCCCGUGAGCUAAUGAUUGUGGGGAGGAUAUUUGUGGCUUUUAUGGUGGUGAUCAGCAUAGCAUGGGUGCCAAUCAUCGUGGAGAUGCAAGGCGGCCAGAUGUACCUUUACAUUCAGGAGGUAGCAGAUUACUUGACACCCCCAGUGGCAGCCCUGUUCCUUCUGGCAAUUUUCUGGAAGCGCUGCAAUGAACAAGGGGCUUUCUAUGGUGGAAUGGCUGGCUUUGUUCUUGGAGCAGUCCGUUUGAUACUGGCCUUUGCCUACCGUGCCCCAGAGUGUGACCAACCUGAUAACAGACCAGGCUUCAUCAAAGACAUACAUUAUAUGUAUGUGGCCACAGCACUGUUUUGGGUCACAGGACUCAUUACUGUAAUUGUUAGCCUUCUCACGCCACCUCCCACGAAGGAACAGAUUCGUACCACCACCUUUUGGUCUAAGAAGAGCUUGGUGGUGAAGGAGAGCUGUUCCCCAAAAGAUGAACCAUACAAAAUGCAAGAGAAGAGCAUUCUGAGAUGCAGUGAGAACAGUGAGGCCAUCAACCACGUCAUUCCCAAUGGGAAAUCCGAAGACAGCAUUAAGGGCCUGCAACCUGAAGAUGUUAAUCUGUUGGUGACCUGCAAAGAGGAGAGCAACCCGGUGGCUUCCUUAGGUCAUUCAGAGGCGGAAACACCGGUAGAUGCUUACUCCAAUGGGCAAGCAGCUCUCAUGGGUGAGAAAGAGAGAAAGAAGGAAACGGAGAAUGUAGGCCGGUAUUGGAAGUUCAUAGACUGGUUUUGUGGCUUUAAAAGUAAGAGCCUGAGCAAGCGGAGUCUCAGAGACCUGAUGGAGGAGGAGGCCGUUUGUUUACAAAUGUUGGAAGAGACUCCACAAGUCAAACUAAUACUAAAUAUUGGACUUUUUGCUGUGUGUUCACUUGGGAUUUUCAUGUUUGUUUAUUUCUCCUUAUGAACUUAAGGAUAUGGUGAGACACUAAGAAAAUACUGGUCGUUGGAAAAAAAAUUAUGUAACUGUUGAUCUCUCAGGCAUUGUUUACGCUGUAGGUUUUAGCCAAAUUUUACUUAGCAGAAAAUCAUCUAUUUGCAAGACUUUAUUUUCUCAGAGAUGGAUGAAAGUAAAUUUAUCUUCAACUUAAGCGAAACAAAGCUUAACAGACUGAAUUGUGCAAAUGUGGUUUAAAAUUUUGCAUACCAAAGUAAGGAGAGACCAGUUAUUCUUAUUAGAGCACUUAGAGCAGAGUAUAUGUUAAGAUACCAUGAAUAAGGUAUACUGUCUGCACUGCCAAGUCUUGGCAGACCUUAUCCUGAAGUAGAAGAUUUGCUCAUUUCUAAGUUUUUUCUCUUGUUUCUAUAAUUCCCACUACAAUUAAAAAAAAAAACAAACCUGAAUUCUUAGACAUUGUACAAUCAGUUAUAUACUGAAAAACUUAACUGAUCUGCUUGUGUUGAUACUUGUUUCAGGACAAGUUAGUUAGUUCACCAGGUGUAUUUUGUUAGCAUGAGCCUAUCUAUGGAUUCUGGAUUCUGGUUGCCAAAAGAAAGAAUGUAUCCCGUAGGUAUUUUUGUACCACCAGUAUAUGGAAUAUUGGGGAAAAACUUUGAUUUGUUUUUCUUUUUUCCUGCUUUGAAGUUUCAGUGAACUAUACUCAAAUGCCCACCAAGUCUGUGAAGUGAUACGUGAUUGUACUGUCUCCCUGAUCACAGGGAGAAGAUAAAGUGGUCUUGCUGGUGGUCCCUGUAUUUGUCAGUCAUAUUAAGUUUGUUCAUGUGGUUUGGGAAUUACCAACUCCCAAGCAAUGUUUGAUUAACUUUUGCUGAGCAGAUCAUACUCCUGAUUUUCUAGCUUUGUUCUUGUUAUUUAGUAAAAUUCUUUAUUAGUCUAAUUCCUUCCCAAGUGGAUCCAGCUGGAAGAUAUGUCCAGAAACCUGGAGAAAAAUUGACAUUGCCUUUGUGUGCUGGGUUGCUCUGCUUCAUUAGAUCGUGAUUUUGAGGUUGAGUUUUUACAGGCAAAAUUUAAUUCUGAUACCAUACUACAUUCUUAAUAAGACUGGUCAUCUGUACAGCCUCUACAUUUUUGUUGUUAUAGUGACUUAGAGCAGGAAGAUGUUUCGGUACUAAUUGGCCAUCAGUAAUAGAAUUCAGUGCACACUUUGCUGUUGGAACAUUGUCAAUAUAGUCUUUCUGUAGGAUGAAUAAGCAUGUUUGAGAGGUGCUAUGAACAAGAACUCCUGGAAUUAGUUGUUUCUCUUGUGGAGGGUAUUACAGGACUAUUUAAUUAUAGGACCCUCUAUCUCGACACAGCUUGGUACCCAGUUACAGCGUCUGUGGGCAAGAAUCUAUUUUUCACAGGCCAUUUCCCCUUCUUGAGAACAGGGUACAAAAGAUGUUAGAGAAAAGCUCUACAGAUUAUGUAUUUCUUUGUCCCUGUGUGCUCAACAUUGUCCUUUGUCCUCCAUAGAAGAUGAAGGAAGCAAAUUGUGUAUCUACUUUCUUUAGUCUUUGAAACUUUUUUAAUUGCAUGAUUUUAUUAAGCUUGUAUCCUUUAGGGAAAACUAAUUUUAUAGAUAAUUUUGUAGAUUUUGAAUCAAAACUCAGUCCUGAUGACUUUAAAUUUUUUGUAGUCUACAAACUAGUUUCAUUAUGGUGGGCUUGAUUAGUCCAAAGUUGAUUUUAGAAAUUAUCAGAUAGCAUAUUGUCUUCCCAUCUUCAGGAGGCUUUCCGAUGGACUGAGUCUGUAGAUGAAAAAGUUACUCAUGUGUGAAUAAGCAUGUAUUUCUGAAGAGCUUAGAGUGCCUUGUAGAAUUUUUUUCUCGAUUUCAUUCUUGAGGUUAUAAUGUGGGGGCCAAAUAGAUAGGGACUGUCCUUAUAUGGAAGUGGAGGCUGUGACAUGUCUGAGGUUAAAAAGUCUAUUUGGGAAGAACAGUAACCAGGUCUCCAAAUCUGUACUCAUGGUUUGUCCAGAAAUGUCCGGACAAAUGGUUUGUCCGUGUUUUGCUCUGUUCUUUUCUCAAAGGAACGGUUCUUCCUUUGAGACAACCUUUUGGUAUUUGAGAAAGUAAUGGGAUCUUGGUUUUUCCAGAUUGGCAUUAAAUUGUAGGAAUUAAAAUUUUCUUUGACCCUGAACACAUUGCCAGGUUAAUUCAGCAGUGAGAAUUGACAUACUGGCUGGGCAGCCUUCCUAUCUUUUCUAUAUACAGCAUAAAUAAAUAGGAGGUGUUUAUGUGGAUUUUUCCCCCUUUAUUUAACAUUGAGUUCUAAUAGUUCAGAGUAUUAGGGUUCCCCCACCUUCUCUCUGUUGUUGUCUUAGUAAGAUUCAUGAAGUAUUAUAUAUCAUCUUGGGUCUAUUUGUGUGUAUAUAGCAGUAGGUCAAGUUUAGAGUACUAAUGUCUGUAAAUAAGGAAUGACUAUUAGCAUAUUCAUUAGAAUUGUUUAUUCUUGCCAGUGUAAACAUCACUUUAUUUAGACUGAAGUCCCUGAAGCUUGUCCUUUUUAUUGCUUCCCAGUAAUAGAUAAUGUGCUUGAGUAAGUAUGUGAAUUGCAGACUGCAACUUCAUUUUAGGGACCAAACUUCAGUCUUUAUUUCAUUAGAAUGAUUGUUCCUGGAAUGAUACAUGAACUGUUUUAAGCUAGCAGAAUGUUCAUACUUUUUACAUUGACUAAAUGUGUCCUAAAUGAUAGCAUUGAUCUCCAGACAUUAACACAUAUAUUUUUAUAUUAGCUCAAGCUAAGGUUCAGAAUUAACUUAAGAGUGAUAUUGAAUAAAAUAGUAGCUAAAGGUCAAAAUGAGGUGAGGUCAUUGGUCUUCAAAGGUAGAGGAAAAUACUGUCUUAGCAGCUGUUAAUGGUACCCCCAGUUCUUAGAUUCUUGUCUUCUCAGGCAAUUUUAGUCUGAAGAUCUGUUGAGAAGGGCUUAUUACACUGAUACGUAGAAUAAUUAGUGGCUCUUUAUGGGACCUCUGAUUUCCCUGAUCAUCUAAGAUAUUCUGUCCUGCCACCUAAGAGAGUAAACAGUUGAGUCAAUCUCUUCUUUUCCAGUUAUUCUUUCCCCAGGGAGGUUAUCUCUUUUUGUGUUUAGAUUAGGAAAGCAUCAAGCAGUAGCAGUGGUGCUGUGUCCUUUGGCCUAAAUUCAAUAGCUCUCAUCUCCCAGGACUUCCUUUUCACGUGGCUCAAAGGAUCUAUUGUCUUUUUGCACAGAGAGGCUGGCCAGGGUCACGUAGCCAUAUCUGUUAGGGAUGAUACCCAAGAAAUUAGCAGGGACCCAUCUCUGAAACUGCACAUUUGAAGACAUGAGUUGGGAGGGUUGUUACCCAGUUGUCUACCUUGAGGCUGAGCGAGGGGCUAAAAGUCUUGUUGGAGCAAUUAGUCUUUUAGUUUCUAUAUUUGCAGUCCAAGGCUUUUUUCUCUGUCUGGGUACAUGGCUCUUCCCUCUCUUUGAACACAUUUAGUGUAGUCUAGGGGUUACUCUUUACCACCAGACCAAACUGGCUGUGUUGUUAGCUUUAGGUGGUUAGGUCCUUCGUUAUUCCCACUUGGCAGCGUUAGGCUUAUUAGUCCCUUGCUCUUUACUCCCAUCUCAUUUUCUUCUGAGGUGUGAUGACUAGAAAGGAACCACAUGGGUAUCCAGUGGUGACACCUCACCAGUCCCUAGGUUUGGGUUGAGAGAAGAUGUAUACAAGACCAUUCCUGUUAAAUUGUGUGACUACAGUGACCUGCCAGGCCAAAAAUUUCCCAAGAAAUCAGAAAAAUUGAGAUGCUGAUAUAAACCUGGAUCAUGCAGACAUUAAUAAGUUGUUAAAAGACAAACUUAGCUUAAAAUCCACAGACGUAGAAUCAUACUAAUUGGAUUCUAGAACUUGAAGCAUCUUGGCUCUCAGCUAGUUUAAAGGCCUCCCCCAUUAUAAAUUAGGGUAUCAGUGAAUAAGAUCCAGUUUGUUAAACCCUGGUUUGAUGUUAAGUAUUGUAAAGUACAAAUCUUUUAACACAUUAGAGGUUAAAAAUGGCUAUUUGAUAAUGGUAAUGUAGUAGAAAAAUGCUUUUAGGGUUUAGUAUCCAUAAAAUUCUUAAUAGCCAGGUGCUAGGUUGCUUAAGUCAUUUCAAUGUUGAUAUCAGGCUGAGCAGACUUUACAAAUGGGAUACAUUUCUCUGUGUGUAUACCCACUUCCCAUUCCGAGAGAGUGGUCUUUCUCUUUGUCUUCCUUCACAUUCCCUCCUUUUUUAAAAUUCACAUUCCUUCCUUUUUUUAAAUUCUUCACUUCUUUCAACACUUACCAGAUUCCCAUUUUGAUCUUUAGUCAGCUGGGUUCACUUUUAGGCAUAUCGUGUCCAAGAUUGCCAUUUUGCCCCAGAUUGAGGACUUAGAUCUAAAUAAUGAUUCCUUAAAUACGGUUUAAAACACUAAAUUUCUUUUAGUUUAAAAUGUUAAUUCUCGAGGAUGCUUUUAUCAGACUUUAUGUUGACUAAUAUUAAAAGCACUAAUAGUUCAUCAGUAUCUUAUUCUCAGAACUGUGUUUUCAGGCAUGAUGGAGAAAGCAAUAGUGAAAAUUCAUACUAGUCCCUUUGGAAUGAUGGUGUCAGAGUGCAGAGAGGCAAUGGAGUUUGUUUUGAAGCCAAAAGGACUUGUUCCUGUAGUAAGUAAAGGUAAAAAUUUGGAACUAGUUGGCAUAUAGAGAAACCCUUAAACCCUUUCAUACUAGUAGUAGGUAUGAAACUGGAUUGCAUAAGAAGUAAUCUUUGAUUACUAGACUUGGUUGACUUAACUCAGGACUGCAAAUCCCUUUUCCUCCAUUUAAAGUCACUUCUCUUAAUUUGGAAUGUUUUUAUCUAACUCUCCCCUCUGCUGGAAUACUCUGGCUGUUCAGCUUUUUUGACUCCUGGGAGAAGAUUUAGCUGAGGUUCAAAGUAAUUAAUAGGCCUUGCCCAUGCUGAGUCCCACACCAUUAUUCACUUAGUCAUAUAAAUAUUUUUAUUUAAACUUCUCUCUGUCCAGUGCUGGAAAUAAGGCUUUAAACUACUGAUUCACCUUUAAAGGAAUGUUGUGAGAAUUGAUGUAAUUUGUGUUUAUGUUUCCAUUUUAAUUCCUUCGUAAAAGGUAAGAUUUAGUUUUUUAUUUUGGAGUGAGCACCCCAUUUAUUUGGUAACCAACACCUGUAACCAUUGGCAUAUAGUCUUUUACUGAAAAAUAGGAUUUGCUGUAUCUGUAUCAUUACUACUCUCAUGCACUUUACUUUUUAGAGGAGUACCAUAUAUAAUCUGAGGCUGUUGACUUAAACCAAUUACGUUACCUUGUGUAACCACUCUUAAAUUUGGUUACCUGAAUUCACAGCAUGUUUGAAACAAGGGAUGCCAGAAUAAAGUAAACAACAGCUGGAGAGCAUGUCAAGAUAUAAAAGCACAGUGGUCUCAGAUUCUUCUUAGUAUAGGAGCAGUGGUUUUGCUGUCCUAGGAAAAGCACUGUACUGUAAUUAUUGCUCAUAAUAGUGAAGCCCUCCCCUCUUUCUUCAAGAUGGUUUACGUUCAGUGAACUCUGCAAUAAGGGAAAUACAUAUUACAGUGAUUUUUUUUAACAAUAAAUUUUUUAACAAGUUGACAGUAGAGAUCCACAACCUAAUUUAUCUUGGUAAAUUCACUCUGUUCUCUAGUGCUGCUGGAUAAAGGAGUGUUAGAGUGUUUACUUUUUUUUAUUGCUUUUGGACAAGCUAGUCUAGAUAAUUUUUAAAGUUAUCAGUGUAGCCUAGACUUCUGUAAGUGGAAUGUUCGUUGAUAACUCACAUUUUUGUUGUAAUAAAUGGAAACUGAAACUAGGCUUAUUGCUAUUAUUGAAAUUCUAAAUUGACAAAGGCCAAUAUAUAUGGUAUUCCAUACUAUAACCAGCUUUUGAAAUUUAUACAUUUGAAUUAGUGCCUUCUGGUUGCCAGUAUUGACUCUGCUAGUUUGCACCUUUCCCUUUCUUAAUUGUUAUUUCUCUUCUUAAUUUUUGUUACAACUAGUGAAGGAAGUGAAAAAAAAACAAAAACAGUAUAUUUACAUCCUUUAUAUGUGGCCUUUAUUUAGGUUCAGUGAAACCAGGUAGCUCUAUGUUGCAGCCUAAAUGUUAUUUAUUUGUCUUUGUUUCUUGUAUAUGCAUAAUAAAAAUUUUACUUAUAUUCUGUGAUAUUAUUUUAAUUUUGUUGUUUUUCCACUGUAGGUUUGGUAGACAUAUCUGAGAACAGAUGAGUGACAACAGUUUAUAUUCCUUGACAGAGAAAAAGCUAAAGUCCAUAGAAAGCACAAAAUUGUGUUCACACAUGUAUGUAUCCACACAUAGAAAGCACAAAACUAGUUAGUAGUGUCAGUAUUCCACAAGUGCCAGCCAUAAAGCCCAGCAAGGUGUUUGUCUCAGAGUUGUUAUGAGGAUACAGUUUUGAAAGCCCAAGACAAUAUGGUAUCUAAGUUUUGGGUCCUAAAUGUUCAAAGUAAUAAUUUGGCAGAGGGAGAGAAUACAAAUGUUAAUGCUGCAAUUGUAUUUGGGGGUUACUAGCUAAAAUGGGGUCUGUGGGCUCUUUCCCACAAUCUGGAACUAAAGACACAGAGAUAGAUGCCUUGGUUUUUGAUGAGUGGAACAGGUGACACACUUUUGCUGUAAGCUGUAGAGUCAUUGGAGUUGUUUUUUUAAAUUCUUAAAUCUUUAGGAAAUGUUACCUCUUAUCAGCAAUGCCCCCAAAACUUGGAGAAAUUCAUAGUUUAAUAGGGCAAAUAUUAAUGCCACUUGUCAUUAAUUUUUGUGUAGGUUUGUAUGUGAGAAAUGAAGUUACCUUUUUUGUCCCUGUUUGCUUGACUGCUUCAUUAUAAUAGAGGAGAAUUUGGUCCAAAUAUUCUGAGCAUCAAACUCAUUCUGAAACAGAUUUGCCAAAUGAACUACCUUGCUUUUCACAAUGGCACUAGGAGUCUAAAGGAUUCUUUUACUUGUCCCAUUACCCUCUUCAAGACUAGAUGAGAUGAAAUCUGUGAAUGUACAUGCAAAAGAAGAGAAUAAUGUGUUUUUUCUUCCAGUUGGCAUGGCACUUACCCUACCCCUCACUUCCUCUGAGGAGUCACUGCUACAAGCAUGAAUAAAAUAUCUUUGUCUUAAAUUUUGCCCAUAUAUCGAAAGAUAGAAUUCAUAGAAUGGAAGAGAAGUGACUACCUUUGUUCCUAUUCUUUUCUAUUUUGUAUACUUAUCUUUUUAGGGAAAGACUUUGUCAACUCUAAAAUGUCUAGAACAGAGCUUAUAGCUGGUGUAAACUAAUGUGAUAUAUUUUAGAAGAGUUAACCUGAACAUUUUGAGGGAGAAAUUCCUUCAACAAAAAGCUAGCCAGGUGUAUACCUACAUUAUUUGAGAAUGUGAAACCUCAGCCUUGGGAGAAUGAGGGGAAAGAGGAGUGCCAGAAAUGCAGGAAAAAGGAGAAGUUUGAGGAACAUCCUUGGCUUAGCAGUAUGUGAUAAUGCAGAGUAGUUAUAACCUGUUAAUCCCAUAUAUUAUGUAUUCUGUACCUUUAAAUGUUUUUAAAUUUAAAAUAGUUUGUAAGAACUUUAAGAAAGAUUGCAUUCUUAAGGUAUUUGGCAGAAAUAUCUUUCAUUUAUAAUUCCAUGGAAAACGCUUUAAUUAGCCUAGGUGAAAAGUAGUCCUAGCAAUGUAAAUAUGUAUAAUUAGAAUUUUCUAAUUUCACUGUGAGAUCUCUAACUCUUGAGUGGCAAACAGAUCAAGUCUUUUGCUCAUGGACUUUUCUGUGGGGUUGUUGAAAUGCAAAAGCUUUAUUUUUUUUAAUAAUGACAUAUUACGUUAGUGUCAGAUAAUGAUAUGGAAUCUGUUCCCUGCUUCCCCCACCGUAUUGCUUCAGUUUAUAGAUUGCCAGCAGAGUUCCGAAAUAGAGCAGGGAUUUACCCAUUCUUUGUGUGGACAUCCCAUUUUCUGUUGUCCAGACCUAUGUUGGCAAUCACAUAUGAACUGUAUUAUGCUUCUCAGUGCUUUUUUUUCUUUUUGAUAAGAUGGAUAUCAAAAAUAGUUGCUGUGCAAAAGUUAGUAGUCUUCUUCAAGAAGAAAACCAAUUCCUUUUCUAAUAAUAUCCUGUGAAAUUGCUUCAUUCAUUCAUUCAUUUUUAAGCCAAAUGUCAGCAGAAUACUGCUGCUUUUAUCUAGUAAUUUUGAUAUAUAAGUAUUAAUGCAUUUUUAAAGAUGUCUACAUAGAAAAAUGUUUUUCCCAGUGUCCUGCCUGUUACGCUUUGUUCAGAUUUUCUGUAAGAGACCAGUCAGUGCACUGGGGGUGUGUAUUGUGUACCUGUAUCAUUUUAGUCCCUUAAGCAUUGUAGACCAAAUGUGAUUAUAGAUGAAGUUGAUAAACAUUAAUUUUGUUAUUGGUGAGUUUUUUGAAUUGUAAACUGAUUUCAAUUUACUCCUCAUUGUGCACAGUUUCUUUAAGAUGUGACUAAUUGGAUCCAUCUCAUUGUACAAUGUUUUAGAUGGAAGCAGAAAGUAGAAUUUGGUGUAAAACCAGGUUACUUCCGUAUCGAAAGGAAUAUGAUUGAAAUUGUAGAUUUAACAUUGUUAAUCAUUCAUGACAGUUCUAACUUGACUGUUCUAACCUACUGUGUACAAUCUGAUUUUUAAAAUUGUAGACAUGUAUGAUCUUGGUUUAAUGUGUUUUUAAAAGUGUUAUUGUUUAAAAUGAAAAAAAUGAAGCAUAUCUGCUAAAGAGCUGUCAGUUUUCAUUACUGACUCUGUAAAAUACACUGUUCUUUGUGUACUGUGUGUUAUUUUGCCAGCUGCUGCAUUAGCCUUCAAAAGUAUUUGGAAACUUAAGAUGAACUGCAUUUCUUGCAAAGUAUAUUCCUUUCUGUGGUAUUUUGUCCUGUAACUGAAGUAUAGUAAUUAUUUUAUGGAAAUGUUAGCAAUUCUGUACCAACUUUGAAUAAAAUGAAAAAUUUA